UUGGUGGGGGAAGGGUUGUAUUUGAGCGGCUGCACGUAGCUGGUGGAUUUUAUGGCAAUCGGUAAGAGUCUCCCAGGACUGGACAAAACGUGAAAAAGUAUAUAGAGUGCUGUUUCUAUUUUGAUUUAUGCUCUGUCAAACGUUCGCGGUGUUGUUUUCAAAUGGAAAUGUGUUUCCUGCUUUUCUUGGCCUGGAUCUGUAAGAAUUUAUUUCCCUGCUGCCCUGUGCAACGGUUUUGUCUUUCAGCGUGUGGUGGCCCCCAAAUUUUUAAAGACUUUCAAAGAGGAACAUUUUUUUACUCUCAGGAAGACAGCAUGGGAACAGGGAGUUCCAAACCUGAACCCAGCAAUGACAAACAGUGUGUCAACACAGCAGCCCCAACAACUGCCUCUAUGCCCGGCUUCCUGGAGCACUUCAACAUACAGCAUUUGGUCUUAGCCUUUUUCGCGGGGGUCCUGCUGACGCUGCUGCUGCUGGCCCUUAUCUUCUUCGUCAUAAAGAGCUACAGGAAAUGUCACUCCAGUCCCUGGGCCCUGGAUCCUCCCACAGACCCUCACUCCAGCCGUGAGCCUCCGGCCAAGCUUUCGUCCCCGGAGGAAGCACUCACCUAUGCUAGCGUAGCUUUCAAAAUCUCAGAAGAAAAGAGUGAUCACUGACCAAGAAACAUUCUACACCCUUGGACCCGGUUGUCUAUGCUCCAGUCAAAGUGACAGACUCCCUCUACCUUUCCAAUGAAGCUUGAUGCCAGUCCCUCUUAUUCCCGGCUCCAUCUUUAUGUCUCACUUUCCCUUAGGACAAAUUCUGGACCACAGCGUGGCCAAACAACAGUUGGGGCUGUUUGGGUGGGGUCUGGGAAUGUUAGCCAGCAGUUUUGAAGACCAAGGGGGAGUCCUUCCCUUGGCCUGAGACUGCCGGCCCUCCUUCUUGGAUGGACAGCCUGUUAGCCCUUUGAGGGCCGAGACGGCCUCCCGGGUCCCCUUCCAAAGUGUGUGGUGCAGAGCUCAGCACACGAAGAGUGUUCACUCAGCACCACUGACCAACGUGGGAGAAGUCAGCUAAAUGGGCAAGUCAGCAAGACUUACAAAUAAAAGCAAUCCCUCUGCA